AUGGGUAAACCAAAGGUAUUAAUGGCUCUUUAUUCUGGUGGUAAACAUGCCAAAGAAGAACCCAGAUUAUUAGGUACUGUUGAAAAUGAAUUGGGUAUUCGUAAACUUGUUGAAGAACAUGGAUAUGAAUUGGUUACUACUGCUGAUAAAGAUCCUUUCCCAAGUUCCACUUUUGAUAAAAACUUACCGGAUGCGGAAAUUAUUAUUACCACUCCAUUUUUCCCAGCUUAUGUCACCAAGGAAAGAAUUGCCAAAGCUCCCAAAUUGAAACUUUGUGUCACUGCUGGUGUUGGUUCCGACCAUUAUGAUUUGAAUGCUCUUAACGAAAGAGGUAUUGCUGUUUUGGAAGUCACUGGGUCCAAUGUUCAAUCUGUUGCUGAACAUGCAAUUAUGACUAUGUUGAUUUUACUUAGAAACUAUGGUGAAGGUCACGCUCAAGCUACUCAAGGUACUUGGGAUAUUGCUGCUGUUGCCAAAGAUGAAUUUGAUAUGGAAGAUAAAGUCUUUGCAACUAUUGGUGCUGGUAGAAUUGGUUACAGAAUUUUGGAAAGAUUAAUUGCCUUUAACCCUAAGAAAUUGUUGUAUUAUGAUUAUCAACCAUUACCAGAAGAAGCAAUUAACAAGUUGAAUGCCGCUUCUAAGCUUUUCAAUGGUGUUGAUAACAUUAUUGAAAGAGUUGAAAACUUGGAAGAUUUGGUUUCUCAAGCUGAUGUUGUUACUCUUAAUUGUCCAUUGUAUGAAAAAUCUAAAGGUAUGUUCAACAAGGAAUUGAUUUCCAAGAUGAAAAAGGGAUCUUAUGUUAUCAACACCGCAAGAGGUGCACUUACUGAUCCUCAAGCCAUUGCUGAUGCGGUCAACUCUGGUCAUAUUGCUUAUGGUGGUGAUGUUUGGCCAGUUCAACCAGCUCCUAAAGAUAUGCCAUGGAGAACUAUGCAUAAUCCAUAUGGUAAAGAUUAUGGUAAUGCUAUGACAGUUCAUGUUUCAGGUACUUCUUUAGAUGCUCAAGCUAGAUAUGCUAAUGGUGUCAAACAAAUUUUGACUGAGUAUUUCGAUAAGACUUACAAGUACAGACCACAAGAUGUUAUUUGUAUUGAUGGUCAUUAUGCUACAAAGGCUUAUGGUCAAAGAACCACAAAAUGA